CCGACGCGGUUUUUAUCAUUUUACCGCCAAAGGUCCGCGACCGCGGAGAGCCGGCACCUCCGCCCGCGCCCCCACCUGAGCUGUCAGCGGCGCGGGAGGCAGGUGGAGGAGGCUGCGUCCGUUUAUUGAGACGCCGCCGACGUGACAGGGUUUACGAGCGCACGAUGGAGAGACAGCAAAUCAGACAAUGUGCAUCCACGUGUCCAUGAAAUAAAAUAAAACAAAGUAAAACACAGAGCCGGCUAUAAAUAGAGACUUCGACCCGAUUUUCCUGCCGCGCGAUCUUUUUUGGCUCAACGACAUGAACGUGACAAUUGACAUGCGUCACCAACACAGGUGUCGCACGAAAGAUUAGGUGCGCACGUUAAAAAUGUUGCUGUCAGACAAGCCGGGCAGUGUUUUUAUUUUUAUUCCGUUGACAGAUGAGAGAACAAAGGGAACCUGUCCACAUGUCCCCGUUGCAGGGCCCCCGCCGCAGCUCUAAGUCUCAUUGGCCAGCGCAGCGACACGACCCGACCCAUCGCGUGUCACGACACUGAGAAAACCUAACGUCGGCCGCUGUGAUUGGCUUAAAUGUUUGGCGCCUCUUGCAUCUGCUGCAGCCGUAGUGGGCGGUGAGUGUGAGACGAGGAGCAGUUUGAACCGUAGCAGCGCCGAGGCGGAAACAUUGAAAUUGUUUCAAAAUUUAUAGGCAGGGUGGAAUUUAACUGUGUGAUUCCCAUCCACAAACGCGGUGUCUUUAGUACUAAAGCCAGGCCGAAAGUGGUGGGAACGGCAGAUUCUUCUGUUGGCCGACUCUGGGUACGUAAAGCCGGUGUCGCGCAAAGUGAAUCGCUCUCUCCUCCCGAGCUAACUGCUAACUAGCCGCCAAGCUAACGUUACAGCUAGCCGGAACACGGAGCCAGCUAAUCCCGAACACAAAGGACGACUUUGCCCGUGUUUGUGAUAUCGAUCCCGAAUAACUCCGUUGAAUGAGGACUGAGCCUCCUGUGCAGGUUGAUCAUGGUGCUCACAGGGAAGCGCUCGGAGAAAGGUCCUGCCUGCUGGAAGAGGAGGGUGAAGUCUGAGUACAUGAGGCUUCGGCAGCUCAAACGCUUCAGACGGGCCGACGAGGUCAAGAGCAUGUUCAACACCAAUCGUCAGAAAAUCAUGGAGCGAACUGACAUUUUGAACCAGGAGUGGAAGACCAGGCGAAUCCAGCCUGUUCACAUCAUGACGUCUGUCAGCUCUCUAAGAGGCACCCGAGAGUGUACGGUGGACAGUGGUUUCUCUGAGUUCCCCAGGCAGGUCAUCCCCCUGAAGACACUCAACGCUGUGGCCUCAGUCCCGGUCAUGUACUCCUGGUCACCGCUGCAGCAGAACUUCAUGGUUGAGGAUGAGACAGUGCUCCAUAACAUCCCCUACAUGGGAGAUGAGAUCCUGGACCAGGAUGGCACUUUCAUUGAGGAGCUCAUCAAGAACUAUGAUGGCAAAGUCCACGGAGACAGAGAGUGCGGCUUCAUCAACGAUGAGAUCUUCGUGGAGCUGGUCAACGCUCUGUCGCAGUACAGCGACAACGAGGAUGAUGAUGAGGAGGAGGAACCCGACUUCAAGGUAGACAAAAUGGAGAUGUGUGACGGCAAGGAGCACCCGGAGGACCCCCGCAAGGAUGGGCUCAUUAACAAUGAGAGCCGAACCAGCAAUGACAGCACCAAGAAGUUUCCCUCUGACAAGAUUUUUGAAGCCAUCUCCUCCAUGUUCCCCGACAAGGGCUCCACUGAGGAGCUCAAAGAGAAGUACAAAGAGCUGACGGAGCAGCAGCUGCCCGGCGCACUGCCACCUGAAUGCACACCGAACAUCGACGGUCCCAACGCUCGCUCCGUGCAGCGCGAACAGAGCCUGCACUCCUUCCACACUCUGUUCUGCAGACGCUGCUUUAAAUACGACUGCUUCCUCCACCCUUUCCAUGCAACUCCAAAUACCUAUAAACGCAAGAACUUGGAGAACCUGGUGGAAAGUAAGCCCUGUGGCAUCGACUGCUACAUGUACCUGGUGCAGGAUGGGAUGGUGAGGGAGUACCCUGCAGGUGUGGUUGCCGAGCGGGCCAAGACGCCCUCCAAACGCACGGUGGGGCGUCGCCGCGGACGACUGCCGAACAGCAACAGCCGGCCCAGCACCCCGACUGUUUCCUCGGAAACAAAAGACACGGACAGCGACCGUGAGGGCAGCAAAGAAGACGAGCGGGACAACGACAAAGAUGACGACGACAAGAAGGACGAGAACACCAGCAGCUCAGAGGGUAACUCACGGUGUCAGACUCCGGUGAAGAUGAAGCUGACUGGCGAGGCUGAAGCGGUGGAGUGGAGCGGGGCCGAAGCCUCUCUGUUCAGGGUUCUCAUCGGGACGUACUACGACAACUACUGCGCCAUCGCACGGCUCAUAGGGACCAAGACCUGCAGACAGGUUUACGAGUUCAGGGUCAAGGAGUCGAGCAUCAUCGCUCGGGCUCCUACUGAAGACGAGGACACGCCGCCUAGAAAGAAGAAGAGGAAACACAGAUUGUGGGCCACUCACUGCAGGAAGAUCCAGCUGAAGAAAGAUGGUUCGUCCAAUCACGUGUAUAAUUACCAGCCAUGUGACCACCCACGGCAGCCCUGUGACUCCUCCUGCCCCUGCAUCACCGCUCAAAACUUCUGUGAAAAGUUCUGCCAGUGCAGCUCUGAGUGUCAGAACCGUUUUCCAGGGUGUCGGUGCAAAGCCCAGUGUAACACCAAGCAGUGUCCCUGCUACCUGGCAGUGAGGGAGUGUGACCCUGACCUAUGCCUGACCUGCGGUGCUGCAGACCACUGGGACAGCAAGAACGUGUCCUGCAAGAACUGCUCCAUCCAGAGAGGAGCCAAGAAGCACCUGCUGCUGGCCCCGUCAGACGUGGCAGGCUGGGGCAUCUUCAUCAAAGAGCCGGUCCAGAAAAACGAGUUCAUCUCUGAGUACUGUGGAGAGAUUAUCUCUCAGGAUGAAGCAGACCGCAGAGGCAAGGUCUACGACAAAUACAUGUGCAGCUUCCUCUUCAACCUCAACAAUGACUUUGUUGUUGACGCCACGAGGAAAGGCAACAAGAUCCGCUUUGCCAACCAUUCUGUCAAUCCUAACUGCUAUGCAAAAGUGAUGAUGGUGAACGGGGAUCACAGGAUAGGGAUCUUUGCCAAGAGAGCCAUCCAGACUGGAGAGGAACUCUUCUUCGACUACAGGUACAGCCAGGCUGACGCUCUGAAGUACGUUGGGAUCGAGCGGGAGAUGGAGAUCGCCUGACUCUGACUUCUACCUCCUGUGGAUCAGCGACACAAAGGCCUUACACACAAACACAAACAAACACACCUUCACUUCAGGAAAUCCAGGCGACUUGUCAAAAUGCUAGAAAGCUUCAGGAAAACUGGGAAUAUUUGAAGCAGAGUUUUGUUGCCUUUUUUUUUUUUUUUUUUUUUCCCCCAAAUACUUUUCAUAUGUUUCUCAUUUUUCUUCUGCUGUCAACGAAUCUUCCUCUUCUGUCGGGGCGACAGUUUUGGAUUCAUAACUCUUCCCUCAGCUGAAGGUGCAGAUCACCUACAAACUGACUCAUUUGUUGUAUUUUUAAAAAAACGAAAAACAAAAAACCUAUAAAUUAAGUGUUCUACAGUGAGAGAAGACAAAUCCACGGCUAUAUGUUUAAAAAUGGCUUUUCAAUUCAAGCUUCAGGGACCAAAAUCCUCCACCAGCCGCUUGCAUAUACCACUGACUGCACUCUUGUUUGUACCCCUUCUGUGUGCAGCCACAUGUGGGUCGGUUGUCGUGUUGUGUGAUCAGUGUGUUUUUAUACAGUGUGAACUGAACCAGCCGCGCCCCCCAGAGCGCGAGAUCACUGUCUGUCUGUCUGUAAAGCAGGACGGCGUUCACAAAGCAGCGUCGCACCAAAUCCGAACGCGAAACCAACCCACCCCCCCCGGGGUGAUGCAGUUGCGUUUUGAACGCCAUGUGAUGGAGCAUUGACACUUGAUGGUAUCUGACAUAUUGGAUUCGGGCAAAGCUGAAACGAUUAGUCGAUCUACGCAAAAUUGGUCGGCAACAGUUUUGAUAACCUAAUAAUAAUAUAUAUAAUAUAAUAUAUAUAUAAUACCCUAAUUCAAGUUGCUGGCUUUUCACCUUUUCUCUGUCUUAUGUGAUGGUAAACUUAAUCUCUCAGGGCUUUGAACAGUUUGAUCCACAAAACAAGACAUCAGACAGCAUGUGUGUUACUAAAAUAUGUUUUGGAAAGUUUAUAUGUUCAAAAAAAAAUCUUUGAAAAUCAAAUUAUGACUUUAGAUGAGGGCUGAGACUAAUGGUUAUUGUACUAAUUUCCACCCCCCUUUCAUUUUAUGGACCAAUCAUACGUUCCCAGGGUCCUGUUUGGUCCGACCCUCAGUCCAAAACCCAAAGAUGUUCAGUUUACCAUGAUAUAAAACGGAGAAAAGCAGGUGGGAUGUACCUGUCAUCAGCACCUGCAGCAACAGUGAGAACCAGGCGACGGAUGUUCACCAACGGUCUACGUUUCCGUUAACUUUCUGGAUUUUAACACGUGGGCUGUUUGGUUUUUCUGGACUUGACUCUGCUUUGUGACGCUGCUUCUGCUUCAGGUGCUAAUGUGAAAGGAUCUUUUAAAAAGAAGAAGAAGAAAAAACAAAACAAACCAGGACACCUUCACUGCAACGGGAAAGUCAACUGCAGCCAAACAUUUGAACCUUUUGUCUGGGUGAAGUUGAAGUUUCCUCCCCUGAAUUCAUGAGUGGUGCUGCUUUCUACCAAACCAAAACCAGACUGACGCUGGCGGAGGUUUUCACUCACGUUCUCCUCCGAUGCUCUGCUGUCUCUGCUGCCGUCUGUCUGUUGAGUUAAAGUUUUCCUCAGCAGCACUGUGCUCCACCUUUACUCCAGUCCACUGUGCUUUUAGAUCGGGUCGUUUCCCAGUCGUUCGUGAUGAAACCGAACCUUUUGUAGUGAUGAAAUUGAUCCUAGACUAGGGUUUAAAUAGCAGUUUACAAAACAUCUGGAUUUACAAAUCUCUCAACUGUUUUAUUUAUUUUAGCGAGAAGAAACAAAUAUCUAAAUAUUCAGGUAGUUACUCAGCUUUUAAAGGGCUGCAAAUUACAAGUUUCAUGAUUAUUAAUGUUAGUUUUUUUUUUUUUUU